AUGACCACCACUACACCCGCUGUUGCCUCGAGGGCCAACGAAAAGUCAUUCAAGGACAAGGAGAAGCCGACGGAGAUUCGCUCUUCCAACAUUAUCGCCGCCAAAGCCGUCUCCGAUGCGAUUCGCACUUCUCUCGGUCCUAAGGGCAUGGACAAGAUGAUCGAGGCUGCAAAUGGAGACGUGACCAUCACCAACGACGGCGCCACGAUCCUGAAGCAGAUGCAAGUACUUCACCCGGCAGCUAAGAUGCUUGUUGAGCUGAGCAAGGCGCAGGACGUUGAAGCCGGCGACGGCACCACGUCUGUUGUUGUUUUGGCCGGCUCUCUUCUUGAUGCCGCUGAUAAGCUGCUGAAGCGUGGUAUUCACCCGUCGGCCAUUUCGGACUCGUUUCAGCGAGCCGCCUCUAAGUGCAUUGAGAUCUUGGAAAGUCUAGCCAUCCCCGUCAAUCUCGAAGAUCGGGACACUUUGAUCAAAGCAGCUGCCACGAGCUUGAACAGCAAAGUGGUCUCUCAACACUCUUCUCUCCUGGCCCCGAUUGCCGUUGACGCCGUGCUGAAGGUGUCGGAAAACAACAACGCCGACUUGCGUGAUGUUAAAAUCAUCAAGAAGCUAGGUGGUACCUUGGAUGAUACUCAAAUGUUUGAUGGUCUCGUUUUGCCGCAGAAAUUCGCCAAUGAUUUUGGCAGCAAAAAGGUGGAGAAGGCCAAGAUCGGCCUGAUUCAGUUUUGCGUCUCUCCCCCAAAGACUGACAUGGAUAAUCAGGUUGUCAUCUCUGACUACACCCAAAUGGAUCGCAUCCUUCGCGAGGAACGCCUCUACAUCCUCAACAUCGUCAAGCAAGUGAAAAAGGCCGGCUGCAAUGUGCUGCUUAUUCAAAAGUCUAUCCUCCGUGAUGCACUCAAUGAGAUGGCCAUUCACUUCUUCAACAAGGCCAAAAUUGCAGUGGUGCGUGAUGUGGAACGCGAAGACAUUGAGUUUGUCUGCAAGGCGCUCGGCUGUCGACCAAUUGCCAGCCUGGACCACUUUGUACCUGAGGCACUGGCUUCUGCCGACCUCGUGGAGGAGGUACCAGACGCCAAGUUUAUUCGCUUUUCAGGCGUCUCGGCGCCCAGUUCAAGUGGCACGGUAAACGUGGUGAUUCGUGGCUCAAACAAGCUGGUGCUGGAGGAGGCCGACCGGUCGCUGCACGAUGCCCUCUGCGUCAUUCGCUGUCUGGUCAUCAAGCCUGCACUCAUCACCGGCGGCGGCUCGCUCGAGAUUGAGCUUUCGCAGAAGCUGGCCGAGUACAGUCGAUCACUCGUCGGCCUGGAUGGCAUCUGCUUCCGAGCUUUUGCCGACGCUCUCGAGAUUAUCCCCUACACUCUGGCGGAGAAUGCCGGCCUCAAUCCGAUCGCCACGGUGACUGAGCUGCGAAACCGCCACGCCAAUGGCUCUAAGUACGCUGGCAUCAACGUCCGUCUGGGCACCGUCACGGACAUUCUCGCGGAGAACGUCAUUCAGCCGCUGCAGGUCUCCAUUUCGGCCAUCAACCUGGCCUCGGAGACGGUCCGCUCGCUGCUGAAGAUUGACGACAUUGUGCACACUGUUCGCUAA